CAGCGGCCUAGUACGCUGAGUUUCGUACUCUGCAUUAACACUUCCUUGUUUUUAUCGCCGGGCAGCAGUGUACCUGUAGCUGAUCCCUUCUCCUUGCCCCGCGCUGCCGCCGCCUAUUAAACCACUUCGAUCCAAUCCCGUAUCCAUCGUCUUCGAUUGCUGGCUUUUCCAAAUAUUUUCUGAUGAGUUGAAAGACAGCCGGCCUCCCCGAGAUCCGUCUACAUUUAGCUUCAGGAUGGCUAGUUGAAGGAUUGAAGGCUGAGUAUAUUCUAUACGUUUCGAAUGGGAGACAUUAAAUUGAGAAGGCUGCGUCAAAAAAUUUAGAAGGCUGAGUUUAAAUUGUCAUUCUUUAAUGGCUUUGAGGAGUUUCCUGAACCAAUUGGCUUACUAAGGCAUCUUCGUCAAAGCUUCUGGAACAAAAAUUAAGAGGAUAUUAUAUCAACUAUUUAUAUUUGAAAGAGUCCGCCUAUGGCUAUGACCUUCUUGCUGUCUAAUUCUUCAAGCUCAGUACUCGUAUGCCCUUCUCUUUCUCAGUCAAAACUACUACACCGCAAGCCCCUAAUAUGGUGGAAGCCGGUCUCAUCUUUCUCUGCAAUUCAUGCUCAGCGAAGGACCUGCGAGCUCAUCGAUUUGCACCGCCAGCAAAUUCCGUAUGAAGUGGCGUGGUCUAUGCAGAAAGAGCUGGUCAGGGAAAAGAAGGCGCAGAUAGAAGAGGAAGGAGAAUGCACGGACACGCUCAUUGUUCUGCAACACCCACCAGUUUAUACUUUAGGGACUGGCAGCUCCGAAGACAACCUCAAUUUUGACUUUGAUAAUGCCCCUUUUGAUAUCUAUAGAACUGAACGAGGAGGAGAAGUUACAUACCACGGCCCUGGCCAGCUAGUAAUGUACCCCAUUAUCAAUCUUCGAAAGCACAACAAGGAUCUUCAUUGGUACCUCAGGAGCCUGGAGGAGGUCAUCAUCCGUGUUCUCUCUUCAACAUUUUCAAUUAAGGCUUCCCGGAUUGAAGGUUUAACUGGUGUUUGGGUUGGAAAUCGGAAAGUGGCAGCAGCAGGCAUCCGAGUAUCCCAGUGGAUAACCUAUCAUGGGAUAGCCCUUAAUGUCACCACCGAUUUGACUCCUUUCAAUUGGAUUGUCCCAUGCGGGAUACGCGAUCGUCAAAUCGGAAGCAUCAAAGGGUUACUGAAGGAACUUGGCUCAUUCAACGGUGAAGAAACAGCAGAUUUGGUUCAUCUAGAUGAUGCCACUCUCAUUCACAAUACUCACAAAUCAUUGGUUCAAGAGUUCUCGCAUGUUUUUGAGCUUGAGUGCCUUCAUAAAACAAUUUCAGUACCAGGAUCUUAUGACAGCAGACUCUGAACUGCCUUCAUUCUAUGAUUAUCCCUUUAGUAAAAUUUGAACUUACCAGCCAAGUCACAUUUAGACAUUCCGUAUUUAACAUUUUUAAUUUUGAACUUUUUAAAUGAUAAAUUUAA